AUGAGGCUUAGUAAUAUUGCCCCCUUCAGUAUUGAGAGUCUGCACUACUGGAAGAUCCUGCCCUUCUUAUUUGCUAUUCAUGAGAUCAACCAGGACCCAAGGCUUUUGCCCAACAUCACUCUGGGCUACAACAUCUAUGAGAACCAUUUCAAUGAAAGGAUGACUUAUGAAGCCAUGAUCGACUUGCUGUCUUUUGGGCAGGAGAACAUUCCAAACUACAGCUGUGGAAGGCAGAAUAACCUUUUGGCAGUUCUUGAAGGGGCUGACUCUGAAAUCUCUACUCAGAUUGCCUCUGUGUUGAAGAUCCACAAAACCCCACAGCUUCACCCUUUCCUGAGAAACUUCCAGUUGUAUAAUACUUCCAUGGAUGGAGUUUAUUUGGAUGAGAAUGGGGAUCUGGUAACUGACUUUCGUAUUGUAAACUGGGUGGUUUUUCCCAACAAGUCCAUUGACAGUGUGGAAGUUGGGAGCAUAGAGAGACAGACCUCCACAGAGGUCAAAUUCACCAUUGACCAGGAUGCUGUUGCGUGGUCCAAGUGGUUUAAUCAGACUGUGCCCAUCUCUAGAUGUACUGAAAGCUGUCGCCCUGGAUAUUCCAAGUUGGCCAAGGAAGGAGAGCCUGUCUGCUGCUAUGACUGUUCUCCAUGUCCAGAAGGAACAAUGUCUGCUGUGGAAGAUGCUGACCAUUGCAAGGAGUGCCCAGAUUAUCAAUAUUCCAAUAAGAACCAUUACCAAUGUGUUGCCAAGGCUGUCAGCUUCCUAUCCUAUGAAGAACCUUUGGGGGUUGCCCUAGCUUUCUUUGCUCUAUUUCUAUCCCUGAACACAGGGCUUGUCUUUGGAAUUUUCCUUAAAUAUCGAGAAACUGCCAUGGUCAAAGCCAACAACCGUGAUCUCACCUACAUGUUCCUUGUCUCCCUCCUGCUUUCGUUUCUAUCCUCAUUUCUAUUCAUUGGUCGACCACACAUGGUGACUUGCCUUCUCCAACAAACUGCCUUCAGCACUAUUUUCUCAGUUGCUGUCUCUUCCUUGUUGGCAAAAACCAUCAUGGUGGUGGCGGCAUUUAUGGCAACAAAGCCAGGGAGCAGGAUGAGGAAAUGGCUGGGGAAGACUUUAGCCAACUCCAUUGUAAUCUCUUGUUCUGGUGUUCAGCUAGCCAUUUGUAUGAUCUGGCUGGGAAUCUCUCCCCCUUUCCCUGAUGCUGACAUGCACUCCCAAUUUGGACAGAUCACACUUCAGUGUAAUGAAGGAUCUGCAGUCAUGUUUUAUUCUGCCCUUGGCUAUAUGGGCUUUCUGGCCACUAUCUGUUUCACUCUGGCUUUCUUUGCCAGGAAGCUGCCAGGGGCCUUCAAUGAAGCCAAGUUGAUCACCUUCAGCAUGUUGGUGUUUUGCAGUGUUUGGGUGUCCUUUGUGCCCACCUAUCUGAGCACCAAAGGGAAAUACAUGGUAGCUGUGCAGGUCUUCUCCAUCUUGUCCUCCAGUCUGGGGUUACUGGGUUGCAUUUUUAUCCCCAAAUGCUACAUUAUAUUAAUUAGGCCUGACUUGAAUACAAAGGAACAUCUGAUGACGAAAGCUUGA